GUCUAUCGGCAGCCGCUUCGCUCGGGAUCUUUUCCUCUCCCGGCGCCGGAAGGUGGAUCUUCAAACAAGGCUGCGACUUCAAGGCUUACGGCCCAGGGCGCUACAGCCGGGGGAGAUGAGUGAACUUCGGGCUCUAACUAAGGCCGAAGCGCAGAGCCUCGGACCACCCGACUGGAAGCACGCUUGUCAUGCCCUUUUAUACGCGCCCAACCCCAGCCGGCUUUUUGGCAAGAUCCCGUUGCGUUUCGCAGUGUUGAUGCAGAUGAGGUUUGAUGGUCGGCUGGGAUUUCCAGGUGGGUUUGUGGAUCCCCGGGAUAUUUCCUUGGAAGAGGGACUAAAUCGAGAACUGUGUGAAGAGUUGGGCUCUGGGGCUGCCUCCCUCCACCUGGCUGAGAAGGACUACUUGAGCUCCCAUGCUUCUGAGCAGCCACAGAGAGUGGUGAUGCAUUUCUAUGCCAAGCAGCUUAGCUUGGAAGAGUUCCGAAUGAUAGAGGAAGGGGCUGUUCAGGCAAAAGACCAUGGAUUUGAGGUGAUGGGUCUCAUCCGCGUUCCCCUCUAUAUUCUGCGUGAUGGUGUUGGGGGCCUCCCAAUGUUCCUCAGCAAUACUUUUAUUGGCAAUGCCCGGGAGCAGCUCAUUCAUGCCUUGGACACUCUCCAACUCAUGCCAGCAGAACAACUUCAAAAGGCUGUCAGGAUCGCUCAAAAGAGACAUUGAGCCUCGUUGAUUUUGGCUGCUGCCUUUUCACCCUGAUGGCCUUUGGGAUGUAAUCCUGAAAGAAUUUUAGACUUUAGGAACAGGCAGCAGCAAGAAGAAACUUAGAUACGGUCCUUGCUCCAGUCUUCUACCCACCGUUGUUGCUGAUGUUGCUGAAUAGUUUGGUGCAAGGGUUGGUAGUCUGAAUAUGGAUUCCAAUGAUCAGGUUGUUGCGUAUUUAAAAUAUGUUGAUUGUAUCUCUCUUGCCUAGCCGUAAGUAGAAAGAAUUGAAGGACUGAAGUCAUUUUGACUACUCUUUAUAACAAAAUGCAUUCCUCCUUCCUACAUCCUGCUUGUAGGCAUAAGAUUUCUUCUAAUCAAACAACACCUUCACAAAUCUGACUUCUGACCUACCUCAUCUUCUGUUUUCCAACAUUUACUCUCAAUGUGUUUUGUUAUUCAGAGCAUUCUGAACUUCAUGGAAGUUGCAUUACCUUCUCUGCAAAAGCCAACUGCACAUAUCUGUUGAUUGAUAAUUACUUCAUUAUUUCAUUGUCAGAUUUCCUUUAUUUUUUUUUAUCAGUGCUUAAAGAAUGGCUGUGACACUUUUGUGUGACUCUCGACUAUACAUUUUUUAUUAGCUUAUAAAGAAAUGGCAAGUUACUGCUGGAAAUACGUUUUCUGUUUCAUUCUGCUUCUCUUUUCCAAUUCUUUGGGAUAUACUGAUAUAUGGUAGAUGUGGAAAUUAGGAAAAGUAGAAGUGUGCUAUCAUCCAAAUUAUUGUACUGUCUACAUUAUUAUAAAGGUAGUCCUUGAAUUAUGACCACAAUUGAACCCAAAAUUUCUGUUAUUAAGCAAAACAGUUAACUUUGCCCCAUUUUGCAACUUUUCCUGCCAUGGUUAAAUGAAUUGUUUCAGUUGUUAAGUUAGUAACAGUUAAAUUAGUAACAGUUAAGUUAGUUAAGUGAAUCUGGCUCUGCCUGUCAAAAGAUCGCAAAAGGUGAUCACAUGACCUCGGGACAUUACAACCGUCAUAAAUAUAUGCCAAUUAAAUGUCCUAAUUUCGAUCACGUGACUACAGGGAUGCUGCAAUGAUCAUAAGUGGAAAAACUUUCGUAAGUCACUUUUUUCAGUGCCACUGUGACUUUGAAUGGCUACUAAAUGAAUGGCUGUAAAUCGAGGACUAUCUGUAUUCAGAUUAGGAAUGCAAUUUAUUGCUUGGAAACAGUGAUAGUGUUCAGAUUUCAAGGCCUAGGCAUGAAUGAGUGAGGGAGGGUGAUUUGGUCACUCUGCUGAGUUCAGCGUUCCAUUAAGGAUCAGAGGGGCAAAGGAACUUGGGAAGUGGAAGUGCUGUUUAUAUCCUGCAUGUACCAUCUAAUCAGUGGAACAUAGACAGCUGUAUCUUGGCUUUCAAAGUAGCCUUUAGACUAGAAAUCCUAUUUCAUGCAGAACAGUAUCAGCUGCUUGGAGGUAAAACUGGGCUUGAGAGCUGAGGUGCUUGGUGGUUAUGGUAUUGGAUUAGGAGCAAAGAUAAUUCCCUCAACACUGUUCAACUAUUACAAAGUCUGCACUACUAUUACUGUUAAUCUUCUCAUCACUCUUUAUCACCCAUCCCCUC